UGCUUCGAUGGCUCACGCCACAUCAAAUGAUAACGGGUUCGGUGGAGUAAGCCUUCCAGAUGAUGACUUUGUCGGUGGACCGGUGAUCGACAGCGGCCUGCCAUUCGGCAUGCAGAUUGACACCUACGCUGAAGACACUGUCAAGUCGCUAUUGCGAGAGUGCGACCUAUACAAAGCAGAAGCUGCUAAGCACAAGAAGUCUUACGAAGAGCUGGAGCGACGUGUGUACGAAAGGGCUAUCGAGGAUAAAAAUCUUCCAGCGGAGGUGGUUCGUCGCAUGAAUCGAUUGGAGAAUGAGAUUGAACGCUAUCGAGUCGAGAUCAAAGAGUUGAGAAAGAACCUCAAAGCUGCCGAGAGCGAGAUGGCUACUUUCCAAGAUAAGAUUGCUGGCCAGAAGAACAAGUUGAAAGAGGCGGGGAAGAAGGUUCGCAACGCAAAGGACUUCGCAGGCAAACAAGAAGAGAAAGCAAAGAGUGUUGUGCAUGACAAGCAGUUGCGGGCCUCUUCAGAGCGAAAGAUGAGGCAGGAGCGUAACGAAGCCGUCGCUGAGGUAGCGUCACUCACCAGAUUAUGCGACGACCUCCAAGUAGCUCUGAAGGUAGAACGAUACGGCCGUUGCAGUCAUACCGAUAGAGCUUACGAUUAAUCGCGCGCACUUUCUCCAAGCUGUCGACCGUCUUCGAUUCCAACCAGAUCAGCAUCACUGAGCACAUGCAGCGCUGGUAUGGCGACUGGAAGAAUCUGAAGGAACCAACCCGGCAAGUAACCGGCGUCAACUACAUGAGUGGCAAGAGAAGUGACAGAGUGGCUGUCAAGCUGGAUAAGCUAUAUGCGAACAUGGUAGAGCUGGUCGAUGGCCAUCAGCAGACGGGUGCUGAGCAUGAUGGUCCACGCUCCAAGCACAGCCUCGAGACAAUCUGUCGUAAGGCUGGAGAGCGGCCCAACGGUCAA